CACAGUCAACUCACAAUUACGUUCUGACAGUGAGUGUGAGUCCAAACUUGAUGCUACUGCUCGCUAGGAAAUCUUCCGUUGUACCAAGAAUUUCAUCAAGGCAAACAUAUUAAUAAGUCGAAAUGAUUUCCAUGAUCAUGGUCCUGAAUCAAAAGGGAGAUAUUAUGAUCUCCCGACAAUACCGCGACGACGUUGGUAGAGCGGCGGCUGAUUCAUUUCGUCUUCAGGUUGUGGCCGCCAAAGAAACCGGCACGGAAGCUCCUGUAAAGCGAAUUGAAAACUGUUCUUUCCUCUAUACUCGCCACCUGAAUAUGUACUUCGUUGCCUUGACCCGUUCAAAUGUGAACCCGGCUUUGGUUUUUGAGUAUCUGUUCCAGCUAAUUAAGAUUCUGAAGGCUUACUUGGGAGAGGAAUUCGACGAGACAGCAAUGCGCAACAACAUGACCUUGAUCUAUGAGCUGAUGGAUGAAACGAUGGAUUUCGGUUACCCUCAAAAUUGUGCUGUUGAUGUUUUGCGAUUGUAUAUUAAUUUGGGAACGGCCAAGCCCCAAGAUGAACCCGAGCCUAGCAAGCUGACUAGCCAAAUAACCGGAGCCAUUGAUUGGAGACGAGAAGGAAUUCGCCACAAAAAGAAUGAAGUUUACAUUGAUGUGCUCGAAAGUGUCAAUCUUCUACUUUCUAGUACUGGAAACGUGCUACGAAACGAGGUCGCAGGGUCGGUACAAAUGAAUACGAAAUUGACUGGUAUGCCGGAAUGCAAAUUCGGAUUGAACGAUAAGCUUGUGAUUGAGAAAGACAAAGAAGAUCGUAAACCGAGCGUUGAUAUUGACGACUGCACUUUUCAUCGCUGCGUUCGUCUGGGAAAGUUUGACGCCGACCGCACAAUUACAUUCAUACCACCAGAUGGUGAAUUUGAAUUGAUGCGAUACCGAGUCACGGACAACAUCAAUCUUCCUUUCCGAAUUAUUCCCGCCGUACAAGAAUCGCAAAAUAAUACCAAAGUGUCUAUCGACUUAAAAGUCAUUGCGAACUUUUCGGACCAGCUCUUUGCCACCCAUGUGGUUAUCAAGAUCCCGGUACCAAAGAAUACAUCCAAGACGAAGAUCAAGCACUCGUUUGGUCGCGCCAAGUACGAGCCAGAACAGCAAGCUAUUGUGUGGCGAGUCAAACGCUUUGCCGGAAAAGCACAGUGCAUUAUCAAUGCCGAGGUCGAUCUCAUGCCAACCGUUCGUUCCCAGCCCUGGAGCCGACCACCUAUCAACGUGGAGUUUCAGGUGCCCAUGUUCACAGGUAGUGGUGUACACGUACGAUUUCUUCGUGUGUACGAUAAAUCAGGCUACCACACGAAUAGAUGGGUUCGUUACAUUACAAAGGCAGGUUCCUACCAAAUUCGAAUUUAAAGGAGUUCUGCUUCGUUUCAGUGUUUGUUCGGCAUGGGUACGAUGGUUAAUAGUCUCUUUGCCUGGAUGGUCGUGUUGUGGCCGGCUUUAGGCACCUACAGUAGUUUACAGUAUAACAAAAGCCGAUUUU